CGCGCCGCUGAUAACAUCAGUUUUCCACAAGUUGCCGCCGCUCACGCGCCAACUUUUCUGCGCUCCUCAAACCGUCAGCACAACUAUGGAUGUGUAUGACAGCCGCUAUCAGGACUUCAGAAGCUGAACCCCGGCGGUUCUCCUGACUCUGUAACUUCACUCCUGCGCGUUUAUUUAACGGGGAAACCGCACGAACCGACCAGCGCUGCUCUGUUUGUUCCUUUGGCCGCCGGUUUUGUUGGCGAGCGUGCUGCUCGGUGUAUGUUCACUCAACGGGACUAAUACUCAGAGGGAGGUCGCUCUCGGAAGGUGCCAUGAGGCUGCUCUGGUGGAGCUUGUUCAUCCUGAACCAGUGGAUUCUGCGAAAGGUGCAUGGCGUGGAGAAACAGGUUAGCAAGUCUCUGGAUUACCUGGAGCUAGGGGCAACAAGGUCCAUCAUGAAGCCCCUCCCGUACGGUGUAGCCGACAGAGGGGGUAUAGAGGUGCCAGGAGGAGUUAAACCAGACAUACAGAAGCCGAGGAUAUACACGCCUAUGGACCACACACCCAUGAAGCCCAAACCGCCCACCUACGGCUUCCAUUACCCUUACGACUGGCCCAAGAACCAAUCACAUCACCUAGACCAGACGGGAUACCGCUCCAAGCGCAAGCCUCCACUCAAAACUGCCAUGAAGACCAAGAAGAUCUUCGGCUGGGGAGACUUCUAUUUCAACGUCAAGACCCUCAAGUUCAGCCUGUUGGUGACAGGGAAGAUUGUGGACCAUGUCAAUGGCACGUUCACUGUCUACUUCCGCCACAAUUCCUCCAGCCUGGGAAAUGUCUCCGUCAGCAUCGUGCCGCCAUCCAAGGUGGUGGAGUUUGAGGUUCUACAGCAGCAGCAGAGCUCCCUCCAUCAGCCAGAAAUCCAUUUUCACCAGCCUCAUCAGUCCACCAUCGACCCCAAGGACAUCAAGACCUUCAACUGUCGUGUGGAAUACGAGAAGACCAACCGCUCCAAGAAGCCCAAACCCUGUCUGUACGACCCGUCUCAAACGUGCUUCACCGAGCACACCCAGUCCCAUGCUGCCUGGCUCUGCGCCAAGCCCUUCAAAGUCAUCUGCAUCUUCAUCUCCUUCUUCAGCAUCGACUACAAGCUGGUGCAGAAGGUCUGCCCGGACUACAAUUUUCAGAGUGAACAACCUUACUUUGGAUGAGUAGUAGCAGAUUGAAGGAAGGAGAGGGUUGACCCAAGAACGGGAUGUUGUCGUCUGUCAUGUGUCUCUUCCACGUUCUUGAGAUUUCAUUAAAAGAAUGUGGAACAUAAGAAAUGGUCAACACACUGGGCACUCCACCAAGACGCUUGGAAAAGGCUUUUGUUCUGAGUUUUAUUUGUAUAUACUGUAAACAAAACCAAAUCAGUUAAGCUAUUAAUAUUUAUUUAUUGUUUUUUGUUGACUUUUGUCUGUUUGACUGUUAGAAAUAAUUUUGGAAGAAUGAAAGCGAACAUGAGAUUUUUGUAUUAUUCCUUUAUAUGACCCUGCACACUCUGAAGUCUCGUAGUAUUAGGGUUGUAUGUAAAGCUGAUCACAGCACUGAUUGUAACAGCAUUGGGAACUGGGCUGAAGUUGAGUAGCGAGCCGCGUACAUGCUUGUCAUAUUAUCAUGCUAGUCACCAUUUUAGUUUUGCUACCAUGUCAGUUUUGCAAAAUGAAAUGUCUCACGGGUGCGUAGUCUUUCUUCCCACCCCUGAACAGUUACGCAUGUGAUGAGAAACAUUAAACACAACCUAUUACAGUCUGCUGGGACUUAAUGCAGCUUCCCAGGUACAUUCAGAGUGUGCAUUGUAUUCAUCUUCCCCUUCAGACACACAAAUCUUUGUUUAAGGAGGUAUUCUGGUGUCAUCAGAACAUUUGAUAAAUGUUCAAUACAACAUGAAGUGCUGUGCAGUAGUCAGGGACACACCCUUCAUUUAAUUACCGGUCAAAAUGGUCAUUAAGUAUAACACUGCAUGAAAAAGCAACAUUUCUGGGUAUAAAUGCUCCCAACAAAUGGCUGGAAAUGCUUUGUUUAUGGACAUUUACAGCUAUGUUUAACAGGAGUCAUGGCUUCAAUGCUCUGCCAACCUUGCUCGGAAACUUACAGACAGAAAUUUAUGGACAAUCAGGCACCCCCAUUCGUCUUCUCAUGCUGCAGCGUGUAGUUCUCAAAUGCUCUUUUCUCUUACCAAUUAAAACGCUUUUCUCCGCUUUAUAUACAACCAAAAUACUAGUUCAGGUCAACCGAUUAAAGUUAUAAUUAACUAUAAUAAUGUCAAAAAGUAGAACUGGCAUAAGGAAAUUAUUUAAAAAAAAAACUAAAGUAGAUAAUAUUUAGUGCAGUAUGGAAACCUUCAAAUGCCCAUUAACCAAACACAAAUAAGCAUUAUUAUAAA